GAGACUUUGAGUAGCGAGGAGAAGUUUUGUUGCACAGAGCGAAGUGUCGCGCGAGAACCCGUGUGUUAGCGUUACUAGGAGUUUAAUCCGAUAUUAAUCCGUCUGCGACUCUUUCAACGAUUACAACAGCGAUUUAAUAACUGGAGAACCUGAUAAAUAGAUAUGAGCUUUUUAUUCGGUAGUCGCUCAUCAAAGACUUUCAAGCCAAAGAAGAACAUUCCGGAAGGCUCACACCAGUAUGAGUUGCUGAAGCAUGCUGAGGCGACGCUGGGCAGCGGCAACCUGCGCAUGGCUGUCAUGCUCCCAGAUGGAGAAGACCUUAACGAAUGGGUGGCAGUGAACACUGUGGACUUCUUUAAUCAAAUCAACAUGCUGUAUGGGACCAUCACUGAUUUCUGCACUGAAGAAAGCUGCCCUCUAAUGUCCGCUGGGCCGAAGUAUGAAUACCAUUGGGCGGAUGGGACCAACAUUAAAAAGCCAAUUAAAUGCUCUGCUCCAAAAUACAUUGAUUACCUGAUGACAUGGGUUCAGGAUCAGCUUGAUGAUGAAACACUUUUCCCUUCGAAAAUAGGCGUCCCUUUCCCAAAGAACUUCAUGUCUGUGGCGAAGACGAUUCUGAAGCGGCUGUUCCGCGUCUACGCUCACAUUUACCACCAGCACUUUGACUCGGUCAUCCAACUGCAGGAGGAGGCUCACCUCAACACCUCCUUUAAACACUUCAUCUUCUUCGUUCAGGAGUUCAACUUGAUCGACAGGAAAGAGCUGGCACCUCUUCAGGAACUGAUCGAGAAACUUACCUCUAAAGACAGAUAGACUAAGAGAAUCGUAAUUUUACCCUCUUUUCCCCUAAAUUACUGUGCACAGCAGCCUGGUUUAGUUUUCUCUUGUCAUUUUACAGGUUUGUGGGACUGGCUCCUGGAUUAGUCUUUAAUUCUCUACAGUUUUAACUUAGGCAGUGAAUGCUCCUUGUGUUUCUAACGUCUGUGUGAUCUUUUCUCUAAAACACAAAAAGAUGAUCGUAUCUACGUAAGUGCCUGGCGUAUGUCCACCUGCAAACAGUAAAUGUUCUGUGAAAAAGCACCACCUGUUUCCAUAACUCUAUCUUUCCCCCCAAAAAAAACAAAACCAGUUUUGGGGUUUUCUUUGUAACUUAGCGAAUGAAGCAUGUAGACACUUUGGUAAGAGAUAAAGCCACUAAGUACACCUCAUUUCUGUUGAUAUUAACAAAGCUGGAGAUUUUUGUUUUUUUUAGUUUUUCUUUCUUGAGUACCAUACAUAAUUUCUCACACCCAAAAUAGCUCUCAGGGCUUUGCACUGAGUCUGCAGUCACCUGACAUGGCUUUUACACCAAUAGAGUAAUUCAAUAGUUACAUAAAUAGUAACAUAGAUAGCUUUAAAUCAGUUUAACUGUAAGCUCUUGAUUAUAAAAGGUGGGUCUUUCAGUUCAUGGGGGAAAGGGAUUGGGUAAUGAUUACUAUGCAAUGUCCUUGUUUCUUUCUUUAAAAUAUUUGUUCUCUCCAUAGGCAAGACUGGUUAACCCCAGAACUAGUGCCAAUAUCUAAUUCAACACAGUCUGCUUGUGUAAGUCAAAAAUAAGCAGCAGGAAUCCUGAGAAAAGGCAUUUAGUUCAAGUGUUUAUUUGCCUGACUUUAUACCUGUCAGGUUUGUCAGGUUCUCGUCUAUGUAUCUACAUAAAUAUAAAAUGGAGCAAAACAUGAAUUAAGCUUAUAAGUGGAGUGUAUAAGUCUAUCUGUAUCACACAUAAAUGACCAGGUAUUGGUAUCUAAUGUGUAAUCAUAGGGAUUUAAAAAAGCUCUAAUAUCAAUUGCUGUUUUAUUGUUUGCACUUUGAAUGAUCAGCAUAAUGAGAGGUUUUAUUCCACUACAGCUGCCUCGUCCAAAAUUGGUCAUUAUUGUUAUUCCGACAUGCUGCAAAAUUACUGGAUGUCAUUUCCCUACUGCUAGAUAGUUUUUGAUUUUUAAGUCGGAUUCACCUCAUGAAUGUUAACAGGAUGUUGUGAUGGAUAUAAUUGCUUGGCCUUUUCUUAUGAAUUUUUUUUUUUUUUUUUCAGAUAACAUGAUCAUUUUCCUUCAACCAUGUUCGAAAACACUGUAAUGUUUUUUUUUUGUUGAUGUUGUUGCUGAGAAUCUUGUAAAUAAUGUACACACACAAGGUAUGCAGUGGAAAUGAGAGAAAGAUGUUUAACUCACAAGACUUUUUGUGGUACAAUAUUGAAUGCUGUUUAUAGUGUAAUAAAAUGUUUGACCAAGA